AUGGCUGCCCUGAGGAUUCAAACCCCAGCUGGUCCUCCGGAACUCAGAAGGCGCAAUCUUGCUAGCAGCCCAGCCCAUGUGGGUCUAGAUUUGAUUGGGUUUAGUUCCUGGAUGUUGCCAAUGGGGGACCACAGGUGUGCAGGCAGCGCAGUCGUCACAAGCCAUGGUGUUGGAUAUGUUGGUGCUGGGAGGAAGAACUGUCCAGAGGCAUUCUUGAAGAAUGGUGUGGUCUGCUCUUUCGAUGAUAGUGGUGUCAGGGUGUCUACGCUGUGUUCAUCUCUUCCAUCUGAAGCUGUAAGUUUCGGCAGCAAAAUGUCAUUAGUUAAUUCAAUGGGCUUUGCACGGAAGAAGAAAGGGGGUAAGUUAUGGCGGAGAUUUCAGGGUGGUAAGAAAUUGGUAAGGCAUAGAGCUCCGAAGCAUGGCCUGGGAAAGGACAGGCAUGGUCACAAAUCUGUAGUUAAGGAUGAUGAUAUUGAUGCUGUUUUGUCCAGGAUAAGCAAGGAGUCCAGCAUUGAAGAGUGCAAUUCUGCUCUGAUCCGUCUUGAGAAGCUCAGCGAUGAGAAGGCUCUUAACUUCUUUGAUUGGAUGAAGAUUAAUGGGAAGCUUAAGGGGAAUGCUCAUGCAUAUCACCUAGCUCUCCAAGCCAUUGCCUGGAAGGAGGACUGGAAGAUGGCUGAGCUGUUGCUUCGUGAAAUGGUUGCUGAUUCGGGUUGCGCAUUGGAUGCUCGAGCAUUUAAUGGACUGAUGUAUGUUUGUGCUAAAAGGAGGCUUGAUGCUUGGGCAACAAAGUGGUUUCACAUGAUGCUUGAGAGAGAAGUGCAGCCGAACUUGUCUACCAUUGGUAUGCUUAUGGGCCUUUACCAGAAGACUGGGAAACUAUCCGAGGCUGAAUUCACUUUCGAAAAAAUGAGGAAUUGCAAUAUCAAGUGUGUUAAUGCUUACUCAGCCAUGAUUACUUUGUAUACACGUUUAGGCCUUUUUGCCAAGUCUGAGGAUACUAUUAAUCUAAUGAACAAUGAUGGGCUAGUUCCAAACAUGGAAAAUUGGUUGGUGCGGUUGAAUGUAUACUGCCAACAGGGUAAAAUGGAGGAGGCCGAAUUGGUCUUGCAGUCCAUGGUUGACGAAGGAUUCACCCUGAAUGUUGUAGCGUACAAUACUUUAAUUACAGGAUAUGGAAAAAGUUCUGAUAUGCAGAAGGCAAACAAAGUGUUUGAUAGCCUUGGUAGUGCAGGUUUAGCUCCUGAUGAAACCACCUAUAGAUCAAUGGUAGAAGGUUUUGGUAGAGCAAACAUAUAUGAAGAGGCAAUUUUGUACUACAGGAAGCUCAAGGGUGCUGGCUUCCGAGCAAAUGCAUCCAACUUUUACACUAUGAUCAACCUACUAGCAAGACAUGAUGACAAUGAAACUGCAGUUGAAAUUCUGGAGGACAUGAGGGCAGCAGGCUGUCAGCGUUCAUCAAUUGUUACUUUUCUUGUUCGGGCUUAUGGAGCAGUAGGAAGAAUGCAUAAGGUUCUUCCGAUUCUACAAGCUUGUUUCAACAAGAAGAUUUUGCUUGAUGCUACCUCAUGCUCUAUUUUAGUAACAUCAUUUGUUCAAAAUUCUGUACUGGAAGAAGCUUUGUACAUUCUGCGUGAAAAGAAGUGGAAAGAUUCUGCUUUUGAAGACAACUUAUAUCAUAUAUUGAUAUGUUCUUGCAAAGAGGGUGGCAGUUACAAUGAUGCUGUUAGGAUAUACAAUCAGAUGCCUAAGUCUGAAACACAUCCAAAUCCCCGUAUUUCUUGCACAAUGAUUGAUGUUUUCAGCAUGAUGGAGAGGUUUGCCGAUGCUGAAGCUAUUUACCUUGAACUGAAGGCUUCAGCUUCUGUACUUGAUAUGAUUGCUUACAGUGUCAUUGUGAGGAUGUACAUUAAAGCACGGCGACUAGAGGAUGCUUGUUCAAUUUUGACAGAAAUGGAGAAACAAAAAGAAAUAAUUCCUGAUAAAUACCUUUUAGUUGACAUGCUUCGGACUUACCAAAAAUGUGGUCUUCUCGAGAAGUUGGCUGAUACAUAUUACUGGAUACGUAAGAGUCAAGUUGAAUGUGAUGAAGGCAUGUAUAACUGCAUUAUUAAUUGCUGUGGGCGGGCCAUACCUGUUGAUGAGCUGUCCAGAAUUUUUGAUGAAAUGAUUCAACAGGGACACUUAGCAAAUACUGUUACCCUCAAUGUAUUGCUAGAUAUAUAUGGAAAAGCUGGGCUUUUUAACAGGGCUGAAAAGGUCUUUAUCAUGGCUCGCAAGCAGGGCCUGGCAGAUAUCAUAUCAUACAAUACCAUUAUUGCUGCAUAUGCAAAAGGCGGCAAUUUUCUUAGUAUGAAUUAUUUUGUCCAAAUGAUGCAGGAUGCAGGGUUUCCUGUUUCUCCUGAGGCGUACAAUUGCAUGCUGGAUGCUUAUGGAAAGGCAGGGCGAUUGGAAGAGUUUGCUUCUGUUUUGCAGAAAAUGAAGAGAGCAAAAUGCAAGUUUGAUCACUACACUUACAAUAUAAUGAUCAAUAUUUAUGGGAGAAGGGGUUGGAUAGAAGAUGUUUCGAAUGUUCUUGCAGAGCUAAAGGACCGAGGUGUGGAGCCAGAUUUGUACAGUUACAAUACCUUGAUAAAAGCAUAUGGGAUAGCAAGAAUGCCUGAGGAUGCUGUCAAACUGAUGCAAGAGAUGAGGAUUAAAGGCAUCAGUCCUGAUCGGGUGACAUAUGCUAACCUCAUUAAUGCCCUACAAAGGAAUGAAAAUUUCCUAGAAGCUGUUAAAUGGUCUCUCUGGAUGAAGCAAACAGGAGUGGUAGGGUGUGGAGCUCGAGCCUGA